AUGGGCAACGGACCCUUGGAGCGGCAGCUCCAGUUUGAGAAGAAGAAUCAGGAUCUCGUCAAGCUUCCGAAAUAUGCAAAAGUCGAAAAGCGACCUAUUCCUCAUGCUCCAGUCGCCUCACCCUUCGCUGGCGCCUCAGUGCCCAAGGUCGUCUACAUGUCGAGCGGGACGCCGUUCAUGAGCGCCGUAAAGCGCGUCCAGAAAUUACUUCGCCAGACCGAGAAGCGCGCUACAUCCAAUAUCAGCCUCGAGGACACGCGCAAGACCGAGCAACAGAAGCUUGCUGAGCUUUCCAAGGUCGCCGAGAAGCGGGAAGAGGUGUUUGUCAAAGCUACCGGGCGCGCGAUUGAAAAGGCACUCAACGUGGGCAAAUGGUUCGAGGAGAAGGGGGCUGAAUACGCAGUUCGAGUGAAGACUGGGAGUGUACUCGUUGUCGAUGAUGUGGUUGAGGAUGAAGAAAAGAAAGAGCGAGAAUCACGGAAACAACAGCGCCGGGACGGGGAACAACCGAACGGUACGCAGGAUUCCCAGAAGACCUCCGAAGAGAAGGUUGAAUCGCAAAAUUCUCUAUCAAAGAGCGCAGCAAAGAAGAACAAACGUCCAGCAUCUGCGAUAUCUGCCGAUGCCGAGCUGCCGGAGACUCGGACUCGAUGGAUCAAGAUGGUUGAGGUUGCCGUCAGCCUCAAGUGA